AUGGACCAGCCGCACGCUGGUGGCGGCCUCAUCUCGCCGCCAGAGCUGUCUCCCAUGGAGCAGGAAAUCCUGGAAGAAUACGAGCGCUUGGCGACGAAUAUGAAGACUCUGGCGACGCUGCUGGAUAAUUUGGCGUCGAAUCCUACGGUCGGGAUACUCGAUGGGCUGCGGGAGCUGGAGCGCAAGACGAGCUUGGCGUUUACGCUGCUGAAGGCGAGUGUGUAUAGUAUUGUGCUGCAGCAGGAGAUUGAUUGGGGUGCUGGAGCUGGAGCUGGUGAUAGAGGAGGUGAUGGUGGAAAUGAUGGACAAGAGGAGAAGGAGGAGCGUGAGGAUGAGGAUGAGGAUGAGGAUGAGGAUGAUGAAGAUAUGGAAGAGUAA